AGACCUUAUUUUUUUUCUUUUCUGAAUUAAAAGUUGCCAUUUCAUUCAAAAGGCUCUGUGCUUACGCGCAGAGAAAAAAGCAUUUGGUUCCUGUUGAGAGAAGAUGAAGUUUGGCAAAGAAUUCGCAGCCCAGUUGGUGCAAGAAUGGCAAGAUGCAUACAUGGACUACAAUUAUCUUAAAACAAUCUUGAAAGACUUAUUGCGGUUCAAGCAACAGCAACACACGCCUUCUCCUAUGAUGCCGGCGAAAGGGCCAUUGAAGAGAAGGGUAUCAUUAUAUAGAGCCUUUAGUGGGCUAACAAGCAAGUACAGAAACUCUCCAAGGAAGAGUGAAGAUGAAGCAAUAUUGGUGAGUGAGGGAUCAGACGAUGGGAAAUAUCAAACAAUGUUACUCAUGUUAUCUGAUGGAGGAGGAGAAUGUGAGCUUUUGUUCUUUAGGAGACUUGAUGAUGAGUUCAAUAAAGUGGUUCAUUUUUAUAAGAAGAAAGUGGAGGAAGUGAUGGCAGAGGCAGAUGAAUUGAGUAAACAAAUGAAUGCUUUGAUUGCUCUGAGAAUCAAGAUAGAAAAUCCAAUGGUUUAUGAGACUAAGAUGCUCAAUCUUGCCUCUUCAUACUCCUUAAUUCAUCCUGCCAAUGGCAGUACGCCAGGGCAGGUACUAAUGGAUACUAUUCAAGAAGUUGAGAUGAGUGGUGAAAAACACUCAGAGAGUGAAAGGGGAGCAAGCAAUGGAGGAGAGGGUGAUAUGACAGCCUUCAGACCAGUUCCAUUAGAGGUGUUGGAUCAUGUACAGAUCAAUAUCAAGCCCGAAACUCCGGGAUCGAUGCUAAAGGGUGUCCUCAAGAGUUUGAAAUCAGACAGAUCGUUCACCAAGCGUGAGCUGAAGAAAGCAGAACAGCUUAUGGCACAGACUUUUGCUGAGUUCUACCAAAAGCUUAGACUUUUGAAAAGCUACUGCUUUUUGAAUCAACUGGCAUUCUCCAAAAUCAUGAAGAAGUAUGACAAGAUUACUUCAAGAAAUGCAUCAAAGACUUACCUAGAGAUGGUGGAUAAUUCUUAUCUUGGAAGUUCUGAUGAGGUUACUAAGCUCAUGGAAAGGGUGGAAGCUACUUUUGUUAAGCACUUUGCAAAUGGAAAUCGUAGAAAAGGAAUGGACACAUUAAGACCAAAAGCUAAGAAAGAAAGGCACACCAUUACAUUUUUCUUAGGUACCUUCUUCGGCUGUUGCAUUGCACUUAUAGUUGCCAUUUUUGUGGCUCUCCAUGCACGAGAUGUUCUCAAUAAUCCUGGGCGCACCCAGUAUAUGGAUAACAUUUUUCCGCUUUACAGCCUUUUCGGAUACAUUUUCCUGCAUAUGCUUAUGUAUGCUGGAAACAUAUACUUUUGGAAGCGUUUUCGAGUAAAUUAUUCAUUCAUAUUUGGCUUCAAGCAAGGAACUGAAUUGGGUUUCAGAGAAGUCCUUCUAGUUAGUUCAGGUCUUGCUGUACUUACAUUUGCUGGUGUCUUGUCAAAUUUGGAUAUGGAGAUGGAUCCAAGAACACAAAGCUUCAAAGUUAUCACUGAACUAGUCCCUUUAGCUCUGCUUCUGCUUGUGAUUCUUAUAACGUUCUGUCCUUUCAAUAUGAUAUACCGUUCAAGCCGAUUUUUCCUAAUCCGAUGUGCAAUUCACUGUAUUUUUGCACCUCUUUACAAGGUUACCCUCCCAGAUUUCUUCUUGGCAGAUCAGCUUACUAGCCAGGUGCAAGCUUUUCGAAGUUUGGUAUUCUAUAUUUGCUACUAUGGAUGGGGAGACUUCAAAAAGAGAGAAAAUUCCUGUGUAGAUAGUGACGUUUUUAAAACCUUUUACUUGAUUGUAGCAAUCAUUCCAUAUUGGCUUAGAUUCCUUCAGUGCCUUAGACGUUUAUUUGAAGAGAAAGAUAUAAUGCAUGGAGCUAAUGGACUAAAAGUCUUCUCAAUCAUUGUUGCGGUUGCUACAAGAACAAUUGCUUUUGAGUUUAGGACAGCGCAAACUUUGAAGUUUGCAGCUAUAGCCACUUCAGUGGUUGCUACAGUUGGUGCUACAUAUUGGGAUAUUGUGAUAGAUUGGGGUCUUUUGCACCGCAAUUCUAGAAAUCCUUGGCUGAGAGACAAGCUUCUUGUACCAAACAGAAGCGUUUACUUCAUAGCCAUGGUGCUGAAUAUUUUACUGAGACUUGCUUGGAUGCAGACAGUGUUAGGCUUUAGAGAAGCUCCAUUUCUGCACAGAACAGCCUUGACUGCAAUAGUUGCAAGCCUGGAGAUUAUCAGGCGUGGCAUCUGGAAUUUCUUCAGGUUGGAGAAUGAGCACUUAAACAAUGUGGGGAAGUAUCGCGCAUUCAAAUCAGUACCUUUACCUUUCAACUAUGACGACAAUGAAGGCAAGGAUGCAUAAACAUGAACUGCUCAGAAGAGAGAUGAAGUUAAAAAAUUUCCUACAGAUAAAAUCACAGAUAUCAUUUUCUUUAUUUAUUAUUCCUUAACUCGGUGAGGGGAGUCAUUGAAUAUGCGAGAAACAGAGGAGGAAUGAAAUGCUUGUACACAAAAACAGAAUACAUCAUAGAAGGAUUUUAAUCAGGCAACAGUUUGCGAAAAUUUUGAUUUCGAAUAAUACUCUUCAUUCAUACAAA